AUGAUCUUCGCAGGCGAUUACAAUUCACAUAAUACGGCCUGGGGAUAUCGAACUACAGACCCGAAAGGGAGAGAACUAGAGGACUUCAUAUCCUCAAGUAAUCUAAUAGUCCAGAAUACAGCAGAUGCACCACCAUCCUUCGACAGGGUCUUUGCGCAGGGAUGGCCAGACCUCACCCUGACCACUCUGCACGUAGCACCUCUUUUGCAGGACUGGAAAGUCGAAGAGGAAGAGAGCCUCAGUGAUCACAAGUUCAUUACCUUCUCUAUAUCGCAGACCACCUCCGUGUCCAAGAUCAAACGCUAUAACCUUCCUGGCCGAAAAUUAACAACAUUUACGAAGAAAAUUAAAGUGCAGCUAAUGCGCCUCGAACCUUCGCUCCAACUAGCUAACACGUCAGCAGAAUUAGAAGACUUCUCCGUAACAUUACAAGAAACAAUGCAAGCCAUAUGUAAUGAAAAUCUCCCUCUUAGAAAACCUAAGAGACUCCAAGGCAUUCACUGGUGGUCGAGUGCGCUCAGAAUACAGCAACGAAAGUGCAGAGCACUGCGAAGAAAACUCAAAAGCGAAAGACGGUUGGAGAUAGAGUCCAACACCCUCACCAUAUUUCAACGGGAGCGGGCGCGGUACAAAAAGAUGAUUAUUCAGGCUAAGAUUACUUCCUGGAGGGAAUUCUGCACCCAAGCAAAAAAGACGUAUGGUAUUCACCACAAAAUAGCUACC